UUCCCUCACUCCGACUAUUAUGAUAUUUUGACCUUUACUCCACCCCACAAAAAUAUCACUUUUGAUUUACGGCAUCAUCACUCCACUAAUGAUCUCUCUCAUUCUCUCUCCUGUGCUCUUUAAAAGCAACGCCCUCUCUACCCCCCCUCCCUCCUCAUUGCCACACACCACACCGACGGCGAUUGAUCCAUCCACCGUCUCUCUCUCUGCAAAGACUGCAAGCACCACCCGGUUUCCCGGGGAAGGGAACCCAAGUUCCGAGUAGACAUCGAUGGAGAUGGCGGUUAAUGCGAGGGAUCGGGAGCAGCACGGCCACGGCGGUCUCGGGCUCGGGCUCAGCCUCAGCCUGAGCAUCGCCACCGCGGCACCGCCGCCGCAGCAGCAGCGAGCCAUCAGCGUCGCGCCCAUCUCCUCCCACCCCGCGCCGCCGGUGCCGCCGCAGCCGCAGUGGUGGAACGGCGGCGCCGGUCUCUUCUUCUCUCCCUCCUCCGGGAUGGUGGAUCGAUCUAUGGAGAGGAAGCUGCAGCAGCAGCCGGCAGUGGCGGCGGCGUGCCACGGCCACGAGAUGCCGUUCCUGCGGGGGAUCGACGUGAACCGGGCGCCGGCCGCCGGGGAGAGCCGGAGGGGCUGCUGCAGCGAGGACGAGGAGCCCGCCGCGUCGUCUCCCAACAGCACGCUGUCCAGCCUCAGCGGGAAGCGGCCCGCGGCGACGAGGAGCGGGGACCUAGAGGGCGACCACACCCCGAGGGCCGGCGGCGCCAGCGACGACGAGGACAGUGGCGCCGGCGGCGGGUCCCGCAAGAAGCUCCGCCUGUCCAAGGACCAGGCCGCCGUCCUCGAGGAGAGCUUCAAGGAGCACAACACCCUCAACCCCGUACGUACUCUCCCCAAGCAGAAGGCGGCGCUGGCGAAGCAGCUGAACCUGAAGCCGCGCCAGGUCGAGGUCUGGUUCCAGAACCGCAGAGCCAGGACGAAGCUGAAGCAGACGGAGGUGGACUGCGAGUUCCUGAAGCGCUGCUGCGAGACGCUGACGGAGGAGAACCGGCGGCUGCAGCGGGAGGUGGCGGAGCUGCGCGCGCUCAAGCUCGUCGCGCCGCACCAGUACGCGCGCAUGCCGCCGCCCACCACACUCACCAUGUGCCCCUCCUGCGAGCGCCUCGCCACCGCCGACGAGGCCGGCCGCGCGGCCCGUCCCGCCGCGCCCACGGGGCCCUGGGGCCCCGUCCCCGUGCGCCCCGUGUUCGUCGACGGCAUGAUCAUCGACGCAGACGCGCGCCCCGAACACCCCAACAGCGGUGGACCGGUGGUUGUAGAAAAAAAAAGUUGGUAGUUUUGGUUAGUCAUCACUACUAGUAAUACUAAUAUGGCAUGCGAUGUGCUUGCUAAUUACUAUAGGGUUGGAUUUGCCUUAUACCCACAGUUUAGCUUUUAGUCCUAUAAUCUUUUUUUUUGGCACUGUUUUAUUUGCUCAAAGUAGACAAUGUUCUGUUUCUUGUACUCAAGUGAUGCAAAUGGUUUUAGUACUUUGCGGAUGUACGUGCUCAUGUGCUUUUGUUUAA